AUGAUGAACCCAAGCCCUACCGUCCCGAACAAUGCCCAUCUUCACGCCCGUGAACAGGACUUGGAUCCUGGAGCUCGCUACGGCAUCAUGAUAGCCUUGGCAAUCUCCAGCGGCGCCUUCUUCGUGGCAUGCAUCGGCCUCGCAGUUGCAUUCUGCGACUGGAGAAUGCGAUACCUCCACCUAAGGAAAGAACUCGACGAUCGCGGAUAUUCCAUUGCGGAUAGAAACCCGGCACGCGAGGAAACCGAGGGUGCUGAAGCGGCCAGACAACAACAAGGUUCCGAACCCAUGGCAUCCGGAGCUCUUGCGGGCUAG